CGACGAAUUUCACAUCGUUGCAAAUUGCGCCGACAUGGUGCAACUCGCCAAUCCUAUAAAUCAAGCGCACGAAUGUCACUGUCGCCUGCCCGAUCACUGCACUCAUGACAGAGUCAGACACGCAGCUCCAGUCGAGCGGACAGUCACAAGCCGGGCUGGGCGCGGUCAUCGCCCAUGGAGCGCAAACCAACAAGCUCGAACCGAGCUCUGGCAUCGAGCUCGAGAGCAGACCAGAUGCUGGCAUGCACUGUACGACCGAUGAGAUUCCCAAGCUCAAGGGUCUUGCCUUUCUUGAUCAGCUCCUGUUCGUCUGGAUCUUGCUAGCGAUGGUCAUUGGCAUUCUCCUGGGCAAUUUCGUCGACUCUGUCACCGUCGUCCUCAAUCAGACUACUUUUGUUGGCGUCAGCCUGCCACUUGCCAUAGGCUUGCUAGUGAUGAUGUGGCCAAUUCUCUGUCGAGUGUCUUAUGGCUCGUUGACGCGAGUAUUCACUACACCCAAGAUCUGGUGGCACUUGCUCUUCUCGCUCGUCAUCAACUGGCUCAUCGCGCCCUUCGUCAUGCUCGCCCUUGCCUGGGCUUUCCUACCAGAUCGUGAGGCGCUGCGAAAUGGUCUCAUCCUCGUUGGACUUGCUCGCUGCAUUGCCAUGGUCAUGAUCUGGACGGACGUUGCACUAGGCGACACAGACUAUGCUGCCGUACUCGUCGCUUUCAACUCUCUUCUACAGAUGGUCUUGUACGCCCCCUUGGCAAAGUUUUUUAUCAUCGUUAUCGGCGACGGCGAUUCUGACAUUGAUAUCAACUAUGCCACUGUAGCGAAAAGCGUCGCUGUCUUUUUGGGAAUUCCCUUGGCAGCUGCCAUUGCGACCCGUCUCCUCUUCAUCUACGUCUUCAGAGCCAAGACAUUCUUUCGUACCCGGUUUCUACCCAUCAUCAAUCCGCUCAGCUUGGUAGCGCUGCUCUUCACGAUCAUCAUCAUCUUUGCCGGUCAAGGCAAGGAGGUUGUCAGGUCGAUCACUACAGUAUUGCGCGUCAUGGCGCCAUUGAUCGCCUACUUCAUCGUCAUGUUUUUCUUGACGCUGUUGAUCUGCCGAACGGCUUUAUUCCGCCAGAAGCUUGGCUGCACCUACGAGCUCACUGUUGCACAUAGCUUCACUGCGGCCUCGAACAAUUUCGAACUCGCCAUUGCGGUCGCAGUCACUGUAUACGGAGCCGGAUCACAGCAGGCCCUAGCGACGACCGUUGGGCCCCUGGUCGAAGUCCCAGUGCUCCUCGCGUUAGCGUACGGUCUUGUGUGGUUUCGGAGAAGGUACGGCUGGGACAGCAAGGCCAGCUCAAAAGCCACACCCGUUUCAGUCCUCAAGGAAGACAUCGUAGCCAAGGAAGCCAGCGAAGGUGAUUUCAAGACCAGCGUCUCGCAAGUAUAAUUCACUUUGUUACAGUACUAGAUGACAGAUGCCUAUUGUCGUAUCAACAACUGUUCUUGUUACAUAGAGAGCUCUUAAGCGUGUGUGCUCUCGCCUGCCUCUUGCGCUGCCGCCUGAACCAAUAGCUUGAGCACUUCUUGUACUGCGCCCGAGCAGACCACCAGGCCCUGCGCCUCGUCUACUUUCACCAGAACAUCCUUGGCUCCCAGGUUGGUUGCCUCAUCACGCGAAACUUGGCCGAGCAAGGCCAUCAUACGACCGAUGUCCGAAGGCCCGAGAACAACUUUGGUUUCGCCAGAU